UGGAGGGGAGAAGCCUCAGGCGGUGCCCGGGCGGAGUCCUUGCUCGGGCGCACGGCCUGGAGUGAGGCUCCUUCGUUCUGGGCCGCAGGGGCCCCGGGCGCGGAGGAAAGCCCGGAAACCUGGGAGCCUCGGCCCGGAUGGACGGCACGCGGCGAGAAGCCGGAGCGACUGGUGCGAGAGCCCGAGCAGGACCAGCGGCGGGGCCGUAGGGCCCAGGGGCGGGGCGACUCCUCCCGGCUCCUCGAGGGCGGGCACCGAGAGGGCGUGAGGUCCGGGCCCGGCGUUGGGUCCGCGGGGUCUGGACUUUCGGGGCCUCUGGAGGAGCAGCCGGGAGCUUCCCGGCCGGGCGAGGGCCCUCGGAGGCCCGCGCUUUCUCUGAAAGUGAAAGGAGUGGGCGGGGGGCGCGGCCGAGGCGGGGCCCAGGCGGGCGGGCGGCGCAGGCUCCGCCUCGGGGCAGUCUCGAGCCGGGGGCGCCGAGCGCCUCCACUCCUCGCCGCGCCGCGGGCUGGUGGGCUCCGCCGCGGCUCGCGUGCGGGGAAAUGACCCUGCCCGGGGGCCCGACGAGCAUGGCGCGGCCGGGAGGCGCGGGCCCCUGCAGCCCGGGGCUGGAGCGGGCCCCGCGCCGGAGUGUCGGGGAGCUGCGCCUGCUCUUCGAGGCGCGCUGCGCGGCGGUCGCCGCCGCCGCCGCCGCAGGGCAGCCCCGGGCCCGCGGGGCCAAGAGGCGUGGGGGACAGGUCCCCAACGGGCUGCCGCGGGCUCCCCCUGCCCCGGUGAUCCCGCAGCUGACCGUGACAGCCGAGGAGCCGGACGUGCCCCCGGCCAGCCCCGGGCCGCCGGAGCCGGAGGGCGGCUGGCUCCCGGCCGUGGGCUCCUCGCACCUGCAGCAGCCGCGCCGACUCUCCACCUCGUCGCUCUCCUCCACUGGCUCCUCGUCGCUGCCCGAGGACUCGGAGGACGAUCUGCUGAGCGACAGCGAGAGCCGGAGCCGCGGCAACGUGCAGCUGGAAGCCAGCGAGGACGCGGGUCAGAAAAGCCACUGGCAGAAGAUCCGGACCAUGGUGAAUCUGCCGGUUAUGAGCCCUUUCAAGAAGCGCUACGCCUGGGUGCAGCUGGCUGGGCACACGGGGAGCUUCAAGGCGGCUGGCACCAGCGGGCUGAUCCUGAAGCGCAGCUCGGAGCCGGAGCGCUACUGCCUGGCGCGGCUCAUGGCCGACGCGCUGCGCGGCUGCGUGCCCGCCUUCCACGGCGAGGUGGAGCGCGACGGCGAGAGCUACUUGCAGCUGCAGGACCUGCUCGACGGCUUCGACGGGCCCUGCGUACUGGACUGCAAGAUGGGCGUCAGGACUUACCUGGAGGAGGAGCUGACUAAAGCCCGCGAGCGGCCCAAGCUGCGGAAGGACAUGUACAAGAAGAUGCUGGCGGUAGACCCCGCGGCACCUACCGAGGAGGAGCACGCGCAGCGCGCCGUCACCAAGCCCCGCUACAUGCAGUGGCGCGAAGGCAUCAGCUCCAGCACCACGCUCGGCUUCCGCAUCGAAGGCAUCAAGAAAGCCGACGGCUCCUGCAGCACCGACUUCAAGACCACACGAAGCCGGGAGCAGGUGAUUCGCGUCUUCGAGGAGUUUGUGCAAGGGGAUGCAGAAGUGCUGAGGAGGUAUCUGAACCGCCUGCUGCAGAUCCGGGACACCCUGGAGGUCUCUGAGUUCUUUAGGAGGCACGAGGUGAUUGGCAGCUCGCUACUCUUCGUGCAUGAUCACUGCCAUCGCGCGGGUGUGUGGCUCAUCGACUUCGGCAAGACCACGCCCCUCCCCGACGGCCAGACCCUGGACCACCGGCGGCCCUGGGAGGAGGGCAACCGCGAGGACGGCUAUUUGCUGGGGCUGGACAAUCUCAUUAGCAUCCUGGCCAGCCUGGCUGAGAGAUGAGGCUGGGCCCCGGUUCUAACAGAUGGACCUGCGGCUGCGUCCCCACCAUGCAUGCUGGCGGCAGAGACUGAAACCCCGCGGUGCGGGGUGGUUCACACGGUUCUGCAGGGCCAGGUGCCAACCACUAUGGGACGCACUGCAAAAGCUGGGGGCUGUCCCCCAUACAAGACCCAGAGUUCUGAGAACCAAUGGCACUAAUUAACAGGGUGGGGGAGGGGUGGCUGGGACAAUGGGCUCCUUCCUCAGCCCAGCUCUUCUGAGGGGGGCUGCGUAUCUCUCUAGAGAGGCCAGAUAAUGAAUUUUAUUUCGCAGGCACUAGAUCUAUUGGUCUAACCUCCCACACUACAAUGGACAGCCUUUCCCAAUAAAACUCAAAGACACCA